GAUGAACGCAGCUUUGACAGCGCGGAGGAAGGAGGCGAUCGGAGCUGCUGAUCUGCGUUGUGUGUGUGUGUGUGUGUGUGUGAGAAUCCCUGGAAGCAAACACAUCUCCCUCCUCCGGUAACAGACAGACGUCCAUCCGAGGCAGCGUCAUCUGGAAAUGCUUCGAUCAGCAGCCUCUGAGUCUGGUGAGUGAGGAGUUGUCCUCCCAGGUAAGGGUCCCUGUUCCCUGACAUGGCAGGGGAUCUCUACUGCCCCCCAUCCCCGCUGGGGGAUUCCCUCCUGGACAGCCCGCUGUGUGGAGACCUGAUGGAGGAUCUUCGUGACAUCUCGCAGUCCAUAGGAGGCGACACACUGGGAUUUGAUUUCCCAGAGUACCAGAGCACUUGCUCAGGUUCGGAGAGCUCCAUCACACUGGACACCUUGACCCCGGCCUCUAGUCCGUCGUCAGGGGUGUGUGGAGCAACGCUAGGCCCUGAGGAGAAAUUCAGCCCCCUCAGCCUGGAGUGCAGAGUGUGCUCAGACAAAGCGUCAGGCUUCCACUAUGGGGUGCAUGCCUGUGAGGGCUGUAAGGGUUUCUUCAGGAGGACCAUCCGGCUAAAGCUUGAGUAUGACAAGUGUGAACGUAACUGUAAAAUCCAAAAGAAGAACCGCAACAAGUGCCAGUACUGCCGAUUCCACAAGUGCCUCUCUGUGGGCAUGUCCCACAAUGCCAUCCGGUUUGGGCGGAUGCCUCAGGCGGAGAAACUGAAGCUCAAGGCGGAAAGCAAGAUGGUGGAGAAAGAGGAGGCGAGCCCCAUGCUGUCUGACCACAAGUUUCUGGUGAGGCAGAUCCAUGAAGCCUACAUGAGGAACUUCAACAUGAACAAGGCGAAAGCUCGGCUCAUACUCACCGGAAAGACUAGCAAGCCGCAGCCGUUCAUCAUCCACGACAUGGAGACGUUCCAGCUAGCAGAGAAGACUUUAGCGGCCCAUAUGGUAAACAGUGACUAUUUGGAGUCCGGCAGCGGCCUUCAAGCUGGGGAUGUAGUUACAGCUUUGGGGUGUGGGGAGCUCCAGCAGAGGGAGGCUGAAGCAAGGCUCUUCCACUGCUGCCAGAGCACCUCAGUGGAGACGGUCACAGAGCUGACGGAGUUCGCCAAGGCAGUACCGGGUUUCCAGAGCCUGGAUUUAAAUGAUCAGGUGACUCUCUUGAAGUACGGGGUUUACGAAGCUCUCUUCACCCUCCUGGCCUCUUGCAUGAACAAAGACGGCCUCCUGGUGGCGCGCGGCAGAGGCUUCAUCACCCGUGAGUUCCUCAAGAGCCUCCGGCGGCCAUUUAGUGAUAUGAUGGAGCCCAAGUUCCAGUUUGCCACACGCUUCAAUUCCCUGGAGCUUGAUGACAGCGACCUGGCCCUUUUUGUGGCCGCCAUUAUCUGCUGCGGAGACCGUCCAGGCCUGGUGGAUGUGCCUCUUGUGGAGCAGCUGCAGGAGAGCAUCAUCCAGGCGCUACAGCUCCACCUCCUGGCCAAUCACCCAGACAACACUUUCCUCUUCCCCAGACUGUUGCAGAAACUUGCUGACCUCCGUGAACUGGUUACAGAGCACGCUCAGUUGGUCCAGGAAAUCAAGACGACAGAAGACACGUCACUGCACCCGCUCCUGCAAGAGAUAUACAGGGACAUGUACUGAGAAUUUAUGGUCAUAUGGUCAUAUAUUUGGACAUGUAAUAAGAUGUUAAUGUAUGCCAGGUAAAAUACUCAAAACCGGGUAUACAUAGACAUUUUAAUAUCAUGCAUAUCAGUGUACUGUAUGUAGCUUGUCACGCAGCUUCUGUUUCUGGAUAUAAACCGCUGUGAUCUGCUGAGGUUGUAUUUAGCCCAUGUGACUCUCUACUGGAACAAAAACAGCUCUUGUAGGUGGCUGCUUCAAUGAAAGGAGGCUCAGUGAGAAACAAACUCUUUAAACUACAGCAUCUAUGUGUACUGAUAUUUUCAAAUGCAUCCUUACUACAGCCAGUUUGCUGUAGGUGCAAGCUUUUAUCCUAAAGACUGGAGUACUAAACUGAUGUUCAACAGGGAGUAGGCUAUGCAAAUAUGCAUAGCAUUUAAAAUGGGUGUACUAAUUAUAAAGAUACACCAACAUGACUGCUGCAGUCAUGCAUGCACUGAUGCUACAUACUCAUAGUGCCUUUGAACAAUGAUGAGGCGAAGAAGCUGCUGCAAUUCAAAAUCAAACAUAUUUUUAAAAGUUAUAACAUUUUUAAUGUUAUUGAAAAGCACUUUGGAUGUGUCUAAUAUCACUGUCAUGCCCUGUAAUGUGUAUUAGUGCCUUACUGAAGUGACUUCAAUCAUUUUUAAGAUGACUGCAUUGAUGAAAGUGAACGUGCCAUAAUGUUUCCCUGGAUCUCAUGUUGGUGUUUCCUUUAUUUUGACGACAACUUAUACACCCUACAAAUACAAAAAAAACAUUAUAAAGUAUCUUUUUAACCAUAGGGUAGAUGUAUAACUACUUACUGUUGGACCAGGGUUGAAUACAUAGUAUUAAAUCAUGAAAGCAGGAACUUAACUGCAUGGAGCCUUACUUCUACUGUAAUCAUUUGAAAAUAUUGCAAUUUCAUGGGUUCAUGUGUUAAUAUUAAUCCUUCAUUCUACUGCUAAAAAUUAAGACAACAUCAUAGCUCACUUUUAACCUAUUAUCGCAGAUCAGUGUUACUGAGAACAAAACGUUUUGUACAAAUCCUGCUGUCAAAACACUUUUUUUUCAUGAAAAAACCCCAGUAUUGGCCAGUAUUGAAUCACUUGUUUUGACCACAAACGCAAUAAUCUUUUUGAGCUGGUUUCUGUAUUAUUUUGUAAAUAUGACAAGAAUGUGGUGACUGCAGUGAAAGGGAUGUGUGUAUCUGCAGGUCUCACUAAGGGGAGCUGAUGGGCCUUAUUUACUGUACUUAGACUUCACCUCCCUGUGUAGUUCUGAAAUGUUAUUUCUUGUAAUAAUAAAUCUGUUCAUGUUUUUUUUAUCAUAGGUGGUGUACAAUAAAAAAUGCAUUCACUGUUUCAAUAGACUAAAAUAAAGUAAUAUAUUUAACUG